UAAACAUGCUACGAGUCAGGUCACUUAUUGCGUUCUUGCCGAAAACAAAGCUUUACGGGACGCGCCUUUUAAGCACAACGAGUGGUGGUGUUGCUGAGCCAAAGUUACCAACGACCGCUGAUGUCAUAAUAGUUGGUGGAGGCGUUACGGGUUGCAGCAUCCUCUAUCAGUUGUCGAAGAAAGGCGUUAAUGCGGUGUUGCUCGAGAGGGGAAAAAUUACUUGCGGCACUACAUUUCACACAGCUGGUUUAAUAUGGAGUUUGCGACCUAAUGCCCUCUGCAUGGAAGUUCUGAAGACGACGAAGGAAGUUUUUCAGGAAUUGGGUGCCGAAGACGUUGGUUGGAUAAACAAUGGAACCCUUUUCUUGGCGCAUGACAACAAGGAAAUGAAAGAAUUUGAAAAAAUGAGUACUUUUGCGAGGAAUUUCGGGAUUGAGAGUCAUGUAAUGGGUGCCAAGGAAGCUACAGAAAUGUUUCCUCUUUUAUCGCCAGACUCGUUCAAGGGCGCACUCUUUUCGCCUAGUGAUGGAGUAGUUGACCCUUCGAUGUUGUGUAACCAGUUGGUGAAAAAAUCCAAAGCUAAUGGUUGUAGUGUCGUUGAAAAUUGUCCAGUGACGAAAAUUAUUACGACCCAAACGCUAGAUGGUGGACGCAAAGUGACGGGAGUCGUUACUCCGUAUGGCGAUUUGAUGUGUGGACAAAUCAUUAACGCAAGAGGUCUUUGGUCACAAGAGCACCUUGCACACGCUUCAUUUCCCUUCACUACGCUCAAGCAUAGCUACGUCGUUACCGAACCCAUUCCCAAUGUGAAACGUUGUCCAAAUGUCCGCGAUCACAAUAAUUCCAUUUAUUUCCGCGUGCAAGGCGAUUCUCUGAUUGUCGGAGGCUACGAGGAAAAUCCCACAGUUGUGAAUCCCACACCACCGGAGGACUUUCAAUUCCAGCUCUACAACAUGGAUUGGAACACCUUCAAUCCCCUCAUGAGCAGUUCGAUCAAAUUAUUACCGAGUCUCAAUAAAACUGGCGUCAAAAGUACCGUUUGUGGUCCGGAGGCCUUUUCCAUGGAUCGAAAACCUCUCAUUGGACCUGACAGGAUAGUCCGAGGAUUAUUCCACUCGUUCGCUUUCAGCUCGAACGGCAUGAUGCUGAGUGGCGGUUGCGCCGAACAAGUGGCCGAAUGGAUUGUCAACGGGGAACCCAGUUUAGAUAUGAGUUCGUACGACAUCGAGCGAUUCGCAGGAAAUCUCGAUCGGAUGUACGUCCAGCAACAAUGUGUCUCGAAUUAUGCGAAACGUCCAACGGCGAGUCUUCAAUGAAUUAAAAAGGAGGUUUAUUGUUUUUGUUAAUUUUAAUAAAUAAU